AUGUCUUCCGCCAAUGAUUACGAAAUGGAAUCCAUUCCUUGGGGGCCAAACACGAUGACUAUAGAUUCGUCUCUGAAUACGCCUCAAGGAUCUUUCUCGCAGUCAAGCGCUCAUAGCGCACUUGUUGAGAAGAGACGGACGCAGGGGGCAGCCGAGCAAAUGACACCAAGGAAUAGUCGGUCGCCACCUCGAGGGGCGUUAUCGGCAUUUGGCGUUAAUACCAGCAUUCAUCUACCAACUCCUGAGAGCAUGGUUUUCUAUGAAUUCCAACUCUAUGUUACUUGGGAUGCAUCUUUACUUUUUGCUUUCUCGGGUGCUGAAUUCUUAUUUGUUGUGAAUAGUCCGAGUAAUGUUGAGUCAUAUGGCUCUGCGAUACCCUAUGUUGAGUCUCCGUUGCCAUCGAAGUGCGUCAUUUUCCCAAUCUAUAAUCUCCCCUUAGCCAAUCUGCGUCGCAGCACCUACCACUCACAGCCUCCCUCACACCAUACCUUUCACUACCCACCGACUGCAGGAGAGCGUGCGGAAGCUUCCCAGCCAUUUUUGACUCCAGAAUCGAGUCCGUUAUACCCGGGAAGGACAAUGAGAUCACAGGGAUCAUUAUCCGCUGCGGAAGGGUCUCCGGUGCCUGUCACGCCUCGUCCUAGCAGCAAAGCCGAGAUAAGACCUGAUAUGGGCAGACAAUCUGCAUCUGGUCCCCUUCUGCUCUCGUCUCCCUUCUCACAUCAUGUCACUCCGUCGUCUAGCAGACUAUCGUCGCCAUUCGUUGAACGAUCAUCCCUAGGUGAACGCCCUUCGUCGAAAGCGAGGAGCAUUGCCCGAUCCUAUGCGAUGAUCCCUGACAUUCGAGCGUCACCCCAACUGCCUCUUGCAGACGAUUUAUUCUCAUUGCCCAAAUCGCCUCCUCCGCUUUCGGUACCAAUUCCGAAGCGGGCAGCAGGGGGUGAAAUUGAGCGCAUUCGUUUGCAGAUGGCUGCAGACAAUGCAGCGCGUCUGCAGGAGAUGGAAGCCAGGAGGCCUGACUACCUCGUGCGGGAGAGACGCCCGCGAUCAACUGGAGACCCCGCCACAGAUCUAGCUCGGGGCGAAGGAGAUCAGGGCAAUGGACCACCUGGUUUAGGGGUGACUGAGAGUCCUGCCAAGGGUCGACGACUGCAGCUAUUCCAAGAGACGUCGGAUGAGACUUUUGAGCAAAGUCUUUUAGCGGGGGGUUAUCCAGGCUACGGUUCUACUCAAAGUGCCGAACCGCAGACACCAGUGAAUAAAGGGAAGGACAUUCUGUCUCAUCAGGCUUUACAGUGGUUACAGCAAGUGACACCCGGGCAAGCAAGUCCCGGCCAACUUAUACCGGAUGCUGAUGCUGAUCGGGCUCCCAGCGAGAAGGAGGUCCGUAAGCGUAAGCGUUUAGCGGCCUUCGAAGAUUGUCCAGAGUCCAUGCAACCUCCGGCGAAGCUUCAUCCAAGAGAAAUCGAAGAGAUGGGGCGCAUAGUUUUGUAUGCAUCUGCCGAGGAACCUCCGCCUUUCGUAACACCGCAGAAGAAGCGUACUUACAAUCGACGCAAAAAGCGCGGUGGAAGUCAUGGCGCAGGAUCCAAGCGCCAUGGUGAUCCGCUUCCGGACGAUACGGAAUUGCAAGGGCCGAACUGGUUGGAUACUGUUUUUCCGUGGUGUGUGCGCUCACAGGAGCGUACAGAAGAUACACGUGCGGAAAAAGAAGAGCGGCUCAAACGGAUUGAACGUUACCUUGAUCGCGUCAGUGACGGUGGCAGUGAUGAAGAUGAAUCUGCUGAAGACCAGGUAUUGCGUCCUGCAGUGUACUUGGAAGACGAAGAAGUCGUACCGCGGCCGCGAGGUCGCGGGAAGAUGGUUCCUUUGAAGGCAAAUCCACUUGGUAGACCAUCAGAAUUGAACAAUAUGUAUGUUCCGAGCGAUCCUGCUGACGCGCGGGCUGCUUUAUUAUCGAAACGAUCCGUAAGAGCGCUGGCCUUCCGCAGGAGACGAAGUAGAAGGCGAAUCGACGAUGACGAAGAUAGCCUCGAUGGCGGAGUGCUGUGCGUGUGUGGGCGCGAGGACGACGGUGGUUCGUUAGUCCAAUGCGACGAAUGCAGGUCAUGGUACCACUUUGGUUGUGUCGGCGUGGUAGACACGUCGGAGUUAGGUGCUGAAGAAGAUCCUUGGUUCUGUCCUGACUGCUUAGGUGUAAUCCCUUCAUCAGAUCCUCUGUCCGAGCCCACCUUCGUACCGACAGAUUACCAAUUGCCUGUGAACGGCAAACGCGACCCGCUCUUCUACCAAAUGCAGCAGUCUCCCUCCACACCAUGGAGCUUCACUCGCACUCCCAAGACCCCAAAUCGUGGCAGAGACCUGACGCAAACACAUUCAUCAUUAUCGUCAUGGGAUUCGAGUCAAGAGGGGCCUUCCACGCCUGACUCCCACACUAGGGGCAAACGCAUCUUCACCACACCUGGUCAGCCUGGAGUUAAUGCAUCAUUCGAUUCUCCUUUUGAUCCUACCACAACGCCCUCUCAUAGUUCGAGAUCUAGAUGGGCAGAGGCGCAGACGGCCAAAUUGUCAUCUAGCGAUUCCUUGAGCUCCUGGCGUGGCAUCAGUAUUCCAUGGUCGCUGAUCAACGGUGACCCUGGGCGCAGUCCCUUCCGUAAUAUCUAUACAUCUGACGAUACACCUAUCAGUCGAUCUGGACCAAGAUCCCUAUUGUCACUCGCCAGCAAGUCGGGAUCUUUUGGUUCACCGCUGGCGUCGCAGUCUUCGUUCACUGGUGCCUUGAAGAGCAUGCUUGAGGAAUCACCCGGAAAGAAAGGGGCAGACAUCGAGCAUAGCAAGGGCUUGUCGCGCGAGGAAAGUCUGUCCGACCUGGUUCGGCCCCCACCAUUCUGA